GUUCUGUUGAUUGUCCCUCCCCCUCCGUGGGCUGCUCCGCUUCCAUCACUCGCCUCCCACCGAGUAUAUCUGUAUCUCCUACUUAAGAGCAGGCGACUAACAUGGAUGUUGUAAAUCAGUUGGUUGCCGGUGGGCAGUUCAGGGUGCUGAAAGUCCCAUUGGGCUUCAUCAAAGUCUUAGAAUGGGUGUUUGCCAUCUUUGCAUUCUCCACAUGUGGGAGCUACUCCGGCUCCUUCAGGAUGAGCGUGGAGUGCAGAAACAGAUCAGACAGUAACCUGAAAAUAGAUGUGGAGUUUGAGUAUCCCUUCAGGCUCCAUCAAGUGUAUUUUGAUGCCCCUGCUUGCAAGAAUGGCCAAACUGACCGUUUCUUCCUGGUUGGGGAUUACUCAUCCUCUGCAGAGUUCUUUGUCACCAUAGGCGUUUUUGCAUUCCUGUAUUCCAUGGCAGCUCUCAGCGUCUAUGUCUUUGCCUUUGAGAAGUACCGUGAGAACAAUAAAGGACCACUGAUUGAUUUUGGUGUGACGUGUGUAUUCACCUUCAUGUGGCUGGUGAGCUCGGCAGCAUGGGCGAAGGGUUUGUCUGAUGUCAAGACAGCUACAGAUCCAGAGGAGGUUAAAGAACUUAUCCCCGCUUGUGAACAGGAAGGCAACCACUGCCGUGAAGUUCACGACCCCGUCAUGUCUGGUCUUAACACUUCUGUGGUCUUUGGCUUCCUCAACCUGAUUUUGUGGACAGGUAACCUGUGGUUUGUAUUCAAGGAGACUGGGAUCAUCGCACCAUUUAUGCGUCAGCAGCCCGCCCAGGAGAAGCAGCCCGCCCCUGAUUCCUUCGCCCAGGGAGGUUAUGAGCAGCGGGACCCAUACGCUGGCUCCCAGGGUGGCUACCAGCCCGAUUACAGCCAGCAAGGUUACAAUCAGGGUGGAGACUACGUUCAGGGCGGAUAUGAACAGCAGGGGGCACCCACCUCCUUUUCCAACCAGAUGUGAGCGCUGAAAUAUCUGAGGAAGCGGGAGAUUGCAGAAAGAAGUUGAUCAUGUGACUCUAGCAGUGUGAUGCCUGAACCCUACCCACAACCCCACACUUCUUCCUGUUUGUGCGUCUGUGCUUACGUCUGUGAAAGAUAAGAGGGAAGGGGACAGGGUCUAAUCUCAAAUCACAUAUAGACGGAAGGGGGAUAGAGAGGAGGGAUUUUAAUGUGCUGUUUAUUAUUGUGAUGUAUACAAAUAAAAAAAGUUUGAUCAGAUUUCAAAACACUUGAAUACUGUACCAAAAUAUGAAAAAGAAUAUGAAUAUGAAUGAAUUUUGAGUUAAUGAUGUUGACAAUAGUAAUGCUAAACUUGAGAGAAUGUAUUUGUCUGUGCUGUAUAGAUAUCAUUAUAUAUAUAUAUAUAUAUCCUAAAGAUAUGAAUGGGAUUAUUCCACUGUGGUCUAGUCAAAUUUAGAGACCCUAAACAAAUAUAAUAAUAAUUAUAAUAAUAAUAUGGGAAAAAAUUCACAAAGCCCAACAUAAUUUGUUCCUUGGAAAUGUUUACCUCUGGUUGGUCAUGGUUUGGUAGAGUUUGUUCCAUUUCUAUGUUGACGUCUUUGGUUUGGUAUUUAGUUGUUUUUAAUUUCUUCAUGGGUGGGAUGGAGUCGAUGGGGGGCGUCCAGGGCUACCAUGAGUAUAGAAUCAUUCCCAAACUCAUGGAGGGACAACAUUAUUUCAACCAGCAAGCAAAAUGGUCAAGUAUAUCUUAAAGCAUUUCACACUUCCUGACUUAAAAUGUUGACUUUGUUUAGUUCUCUUUCUCAAAUCUUUGUCUUUUGAAAAGCACAUGCGUUCUCAGUGCAGAAAUAGCAUGGUUGUUUAUGACACAAUGCCUCUGAGUGCUGUGCUGAUGUAGUGUUGUUUAAGUUAGAGGAUGCUAAAAAGAGAUAUAUGAAUAUAUAUAAAUAUAUAUGGACUGGGGUCCUGUGUGUGGAGAUGUCAGUAACGUAGAUAUACGUGCCAGUUUCAAAUUCAUCCAUAUUUUUAAUUUUCCCUCUCUCAAAAGCAUAUACAAUAUUACAGGAUUUAAGCCUGUGAUAUCGAGUUAUAUUUUCAGAUGUAAAUGUAAAAAUAUAUAUAAAGUACCUGCACAUUCUUUAAUGGAUAUCAUCAACUUCUGUAGUGUGAACUUUCAAUGAUUUGCAUCAAAACAUCACCUGAAUGCCAGUAAAGAUUAUUUUUCUGAUUGAUCAAUCAUUCACAAUGCAGGUGAUCAAAAAUAUCUGGUGUAUAUGAUAGCUUGACCUCUCGGCCGGAAUCAAGGGGGUCAUUUAAAUGAGCUAUGAAUUUCAUAUUUAUCAUUCGAACCGUGUUAAUUGCAGGUAACUGAUGCAAUAAAGUCUUUAAAGUUAUUGUUUUGUAUAGUAUUCAAACAGUUUAUAUUAAAGUCUAGCACUUUCAGAUGCAAUGAUGCUGAGUAAACAUCUUAUUAAUCUAGUAAAUGCACCAGAUUCGUUUUUGCCCUGAGUUGAUCAUCGUUUCUUUUAGGGCUGAUGCUUCAGACGUUGUUAUGGUGAGAUCCUUUAUAUUAUUGCAUGAUCAGAUGCUCAUAAUGCAAGCUUACCCAGACUUAUCUAAUCUAUCUAAUAUUUUUCAGACUGUUUAAUUUGCCUGCGACUUUGAGGAAAACCAGGUUUUGCUUUUGGGUAGAAGGCCAUUGGCCUACUAAAUGUAUUAGCGUGUCUCUCCCUCCCUCUCUCCCUCCCUCAUUCUUUCUCUCUUUCUCUUCCAUUCUCUGCACUGGCCCACUCUUCUCUUCCUCCAAAUGAAUAUGCUACUCAACUUCUCCGUUGUUAGUGGUGUUUGAUAUGUCUUGUGAAACUCUCGAUGCCUUUGGGUUGUGCUGUAUUUAAUGUGUAUGAUAUAUUCUUAGCGUUUAUGAAGAUAUUGAUGAAAAUGGCCAUGCUGAAAAUGACCAUGCUGAAAACUCAAUCACCAAAAUUAUCCAGAAAUUCUGUUUUAUUGUUCUAUGGAAUCCAUGAAUGAAAAAUUCAAUAAAGAAUAAGUUAUCCUGUUGAAAGAAA